UUCUUCAAUUUGGCACAUUUGGCACAUUUGGCACAUCGGGAGGAUGUACGAAAAACAGUACUAAUUUCUAGGGCCCAAGACGGACUUGGCAUCGCUCUCCAUCGCUCCGACGUCCUCCAGCUCCACUAAGGGGGGACCGAAGCGUUUGAGGUGCGGCUGAAGAAACAUUAACCAAUGGCUUCUCUCUCGAGCACGGCGGCCUCUCCUGUCGCUUCCUACCAUCGAUCAUCGAUUGAAAAUCGAUUCCAGUCGAGCCAUUCGGCCGCCGCCGUCACCUCCUCUAUUCGCUCUUUCAAAACUCAAGGAGAGUUGGUAGGGAGCUUAUCUGUCACCUUACGGUCUUCUUACUCCCCUGUCUUUUGCAAGGCCGUCUCCGUCAAACCAGCGACGGAGCUCGAGGGGCUUAACAUCGCCGAGGAUGUCACUCAGCUUAUUGGGAAAACACCUAUGGUGUACCUUAAUAAUAUUGUAAAAGGAUGUGUAGCGAAUAUUGCUGCUAAGCUUGAGAUUAUGGAGCCAUGCUGCAGUGUGAAGGACAGGAUUGGUCACAGUAUGAUAGCUGAUGCUGAACAAAAGGGGCUUAUAACACCUGGAAAGAGCAUAUUAGUGGAGCCAACAAGUGGGAACACUGGCAUUGGUCUUGCCUUCAUUGCAGCAUCUAAAGGAUACAAAUUGAUUUUAACAAUGCCUUCAUCCAUGAGCAUGGAAAGGCGAGUUUUGUUUAAAGCUUUUGGAGCAGAACUUGUUCUUACAGAUGCUGCCAAGGGCAUGAAGGGAGCUGUUCAAAAGGCUGAAGAGAUUUUGAAGAAAACACCCAACUCUUAUAUGCUCCAACAAUUUGAUAACCCCGCAAAUCCAAAGAUACAUUAUGAGACCACAGGUCCUGAAAUCUGGGAAGAUACAAAUGGCAAGGUUGAUAUAUUUGUUGCUGGAAUUGGAACCGGUGGAACUAUUUCUGGUGUUGGACGGUUCUUGAAGAACCAAAACCCUAAUAUAAAGGUUAUUGGCAUUGAGCCUGCUGAAAGCAACAUACUGUCAGGCGGGAAGCCAGGUCCACACAAGAUACAGGGCAUCGGAGCAGGAUUUGUUCCCGGUAUUUUAGACCUUGACGUAGUUGAUGAAAUUUUAGAGAUCUCUAGUGAUGAGGCAGUUGAAACAGCAAAGCAAUUGGCUCUCCAGGAAGGAUUAUUGGUUGGAAUUUCCUCUGGGGCUGCAGCAGCAGCUGCUAUGAAGGUGGCAAAAAAACCAGAAAACAGUGGGAAACUUGUUGCGGUUGUUUUUCCGAGCUUUGGCGAGCGCUAUCUUUCAUCGGUUCUGUUCCAGUCGAUAAGAGAUGAAUGUGAGAAAAUGCAGCCCGAGCCAUGAUAACCCGCUUGCCAAGUUUUUUUAUGUCAUUCAGGUUGCAGGAAGUAAUGAAAAACAGGAAUCAAAAUAGAACUUAAUGGAAAUUGGGGAAAAGUUCGGCUAUUGGGCGCCUAGGCACUUGAAUAUUGGCGCUUAGGCGCCAGAACCUGUUCAUAAUUCAGCUACAACCCGAGAGCAUGACACCAUGGCACUAGCCCCUGGGCGCUUAGGCGCCGCGAUACUGUCACUUAUGUGUUGCAUAAUUGGGCGCUUAGGCGCCCAAUAGACAGUUCUAAAUAGAGAGUUUGGUGCUUAGGUGCCAGCUCCUGGGCACAUUGGCGCCCAAAUUGAAUUCAGCGGUUGGAGCAGUUCGAAGUUUUAGUUCAUAAGGAAAUCGUGGAAAACAUUGGUAGGAAUGUAUAAAAAGCAAUGAAACGAAGUGGGAAGGGGAUGUUGCUAGCUUGAGGCUUCUGCUUUUACUUCAGUUCAAAAGUUUUCUUCUCCCCGGGCAGUGAAGAGAAUUCUAGCAGAUCGUCAACAACAGAAGAUAGGAGGUUUGAGAGGUUCUAAGAGAUAAGUGCUUGUGUUUCAUCAGUUCUUUAUUGUGAAGAAGAGAAAGAUAAUUCUUUUCUAUAGUUUGAUUGUAACAUUUUAUUUGUAAGACUAUUAUAUUUUGAUU